AUGCUCGGCAUACCACUAGGACGAUUCAGAGCGUACUGGCUAGGCUCUGUCGUCUGCAUGGCGGGCUUCCUGUUUGGUUAUGAUAGCGGGAUGUGGACUGACAAUUUUGCAGGCGGCGUCUUGACUUUCUCGUCUUUUGAGAACGACUACCGCUACGACGCAUCAACCAAAACAAGAACAGAGUCGCUUGCAGUCGGCCUGCAGCAGCUGGGUGCCUUCAUCGCCUGCUUCCUUGCGUGGCCCGUCACGGAUCGCCUAGGCCGCAACAAGACACUUAUGCUGUCGUCGUUCGUCUUCUGCAUCGGUGCCGUGAUACAGACCAUUAACACGCACUCCUUGACGGCAUUCUACUUUGCCCGCGUGGUGGCAGGUCUCGGUCUGGGCUCAGCGACUGUGGUCGUGCCCAUGUACAACAGCGAGAUGAUGCCGAAAGAGCUGCGCGGCCAGGUCGGCUCCUUCUUCCAGUGGUUCUUUACUUUCGGCAUCUUUGCUAGCUACUGGAUCGACUACGGCGUUGCCAGAGGGAUCCCCGACAACAGCCCGUCGCAAUGGCAGAUCCCGAUCGGCCUCCAACUUGUCCCUGCCGGACUGCUCGGCCUGGGUAUGCUCACCCUGCCCGAAAGCACGAGGUGGCUCACCAAGAAGGGCCGUCACGAGGAAGCCUGGCUCAGCCUGCAAUGGAUACGAGCCGACACCUCCGACGCCACGGCAGCCGAAAUGGACGAGAUUCGCGCGGGAGUCCUCGACGAAGCCCGCGCGACCGAGGGCUUCCACAUCAAGGAGCUUCUCGAGCGCGACAAUUUCCGCCGUGUGUUCACUGCCUUUGCCGUGUUCACAGCACAGCAGGCCACGGGCGCUACGGCCUUUGCCUAUUUCGGCCCGCAGUACUUCGAGCUUCUCGUCGGCGGCGAUGCCGACCUGAGCCUCUUACUGACUGGCAUAUUCGGCGCUGUCAAGGUUGUGUCGUGCGGCGUCUUUGUCAUCUGGUUCUCGGAGCGCCUUUCCCGCCGCCAGGUACUCGUAGGUGGUGCCGUAGUCAUGGGCUUGUGCCAGAUCACGACGGCCGGCAUCGUUGCAGCCACGCCGUCCCCGGAUACGAGCAGCAGCGGCGUUUCGGGCUCCGGGAUCGGCACCGUCGCACUGAUCUACCUGUUCGUCGUGGUGUACAACUUUAGCUGGGGCCCGCUACCGUGGCCAUAUGUUUCCGAGAUCUUCCCGACUCGCAUCCGCGAGCCUGGUGUUGCGGCGGGCGUCGCCUCGCAGUGGCUAUUCAACUUCAUCUUCUCUGUCGCCACGCCAUACAUGAUCCGCAACUUGGGCUGGGGCACUUUCCUCCUCUGGGGUGUGUUUGACCUGAUCAUCGCGGUUGUGUCCUUUGUGUAUCUAGAAGAGACGAAGGGGCUGUCUCUGGAGGCUAUCACACAGGACCGUAGUAUCGGAAGUCGGCGGGGCCUGCGGAAGAGGACGGACGCCGCAUAA